UUUGCUGAGUGGCCGCAGAGACGCACCGGAGAGGACACUAUGUCAAAGGACACGAGAGUGAAAGGUUCAUCACGAAAACACAGCACCACUCAUUGGUGUCUGCAGAAUAUCGCGCAGGAAUCAGUGGACAGCUCUGAUGAGGAGUUCUUUGACGCCAGAGCAGAUGUUAUGGAGGGGAAGAGCGCCAUUCUGCUGGGCAUGAGUCAGUGGAACUCAAAUGACCUGGUGGAGCAGAUCGAAACUCUGGGACACAUGGAGGACCAGUCGCACGUGGGUCUGUACCAGCUGGGAGGUCCACGCUGUGCCCCUCAGAGCAGCAUCGAAGGACUGGAGGACAUAGAGAGGAAAUGCAAGACGCACGUGUUGCUGCUCGUGGUGCACGGAGGCAACAUCUUGGACACGGCAGGCGGAGACCCCAGCACAAAGGCGGGCGAUGUGGCCACCUUGGCCUCGGUGCUCGAGAAGGUGACCCGGGCGCAUUUCCAGGCUGCAGCCGAACACGUGAUGAUCAAGCUGGUGCCGUGUCCGGCAGUGUGUGCCGAAGCCUUCUCCCUGGUGUCCAAUCUGAACCCGUACAGCUACGAUGAGAGCUGCGUGUCCAGCAGCGUGGACCACCUGCCCCUGGCCGCCCUCCCCCUCCUCGCCAUCGUCUCCCCGCGCUACCAGGAUGCCGUGGCGACCGUCAUCGACCGGGCCAAUCAGGUCUACCGCAGCUUCCUGCAGUCGGAAGACGGCCAGGGAUUCACGGGUCAGGUAUGCCUGAUGGGCGACUGUGUGGGAGGUGUGCUCUGCUUCGACGCUUUGUGCUUCAGUAACCACCAGAGGCCUGGCAGCCCCAACAACAGCAGCAGGAACAACAGCACCGAGAGCCUGAAGGAUAACUCGGGUCUCCUGGGUGAUUCCAGCUCAGGUUUGAGCUCCAGCAAGAGGCUGAGCAAAAGCAACAUCGACAUCUCAGUGCCCAACGAGGGCCAGGGAGGCCCGCCGCUCAGCCGGAAGCAGAGCGACUCGUACGACGGAGACACUUCGUCCACGGGGCAGCACAGCUUCUUCUCCAGUUUGAUGAAGGAGAGUGUGGAGGUACGUGGAGGCAGCAGCACCAGUCUGGUGUUGAAUCCGGGCAAGUUUGACUUUGAGGUGUCAGAUUGCUUCCUGCUGGGCUGUCCGCUGGGCCUGGUGUUGGCCAUGAGACGCACCGUGCUGCCCGCCGUUCAGGUGAGCCAGCUUCAUCCGGCCUGUUCUCAGAUUUUCAACCUGUUUUACCCCUCGGAUCCUUCAGCCUCCAGACUGGAGCCGCUGCUGCAGCCUCUCUUCCACAAGUUGCCCCCGUUCGCUGUGCCGCGCUACCAGCGCUACCCUCUCGGCGAUGGACGCUCAAUGCUCAUAGGCGAGAGCAUCCAAGGCCAUCCGAAUGUGUUUUUGGAAGGUGAGCAGUCUCAUGGAGGUUCGGCUUCCCAGCAGUCCUUUGAGACGAAGACCGAAGGUGGAGACGAGGGAGGCCGCAGAGCCAGCGUGACCAGUGUGGAAAGCGAAAUGUCGAUUUGCUCCAUGGGCCAACUGGGAAACACCAUCACUAACAUUUCCAGUAGCUGGUGGGGCUCCAAGAGGCUGGAUUAUGCUCUGUACUGCCCUGAUGUGCUGACCGCAUUCCCAACAGUGGCUCUGCCGCACCUUUUUCACGCCUCCUACUGGGAGUCCACUGAUGUAGCAGCUUUUGUUCUCCGGCAGCUCAUGCGAUGCGACUGUGUGAAGACCCAGGAAGCCGACCGCCUGGACUCAGCUCCGUUCUCUCCCUCCAGCCCACGCGAGAAAUGGCUCAGAAGGAGGACACAUGUCAAACUACGGAACGUCACAGCCAACCACCGGGUGAAUGAUGUCAUUGCCACCGAGGACGGCCCCCAGACUCUGGUUGGUCGCUUCAUGUACGGCCCCUUAGACAUGGUCACUCUGACUGGAGAAAAGGUGGACAUUCUGCUGAUGACACAGCCUCAGUCCGGCCGCUGGGUGCACUUUGACACCGAAGUCACCAACAGCAGUGGCCGAGUCACGUACACCAUACCCAAGACCAAGAAGCUUGGUCUGGGAGUGUAUCCGAUUAAAAUGGUGGUCAAGGGGGAUCAAACCAGUGCAGAGGCCUACCUGACAGUUUUGCCGCGGGGCAUGGAGUGUGUGGUCUUCAGCAUUGACGGCUCUUUUGCUGCCAGCGUGUCAAUCAUGGGCAGUGACCCGAAGGUCCGCCCCGGAGCUGUCGAUGUAGUCAGGCAUUGGCAGGAUCUGGGCUAUCUGAUCAUCUACAUCACAGGUCGCCCAGAUAUGCAGAAACAGCGUGUUGUAUCCUGGCUCUCGCAGCACAAUUUUCCCCACGGGAUGAUCUUCUUUUCUGAAGGCCUGGUUCACGAUCCCCUGCGGCAAAAGACCAUCUUCCUCAGGAACCUCAUACAGGAGUGUCACAUUAAGAUCAACUCUGCUUAUGGCUCCAUGAAGGACAUCUCUGUUUACAACAUGCUAGGCCUUAGCCCCUCGCAGAUUUAUAUUGUCGGCAGACCUUCAAAGAAGUACCAAACCCAGUGCCAGUUCCUGAGCGAGGGUUAUGCAGCGCACCUCUCUACGCUUCAGUUUGGGCACAGAGCCAGACCGAAGAAAUCCCCCUCGGUCCGUAUGGUCCUAAGGAAAGGAUCGUUCGGCCUCUCAGCGAAGCCGGACUUCCUGUGUAAGCGUACCCACCUGCGCAGGACCAUGUCGGUCCAGCAGCCCGACCCGCCGUGCACACCCAACCCCAAGCCUGAGCGAGCCCAGAGCCAACCGGAGUCGGAUAAGGACCACGGUGGUGGAGGAGGAGGGGGAGGGGGAGGAGGUGGACAAGGUGCAUGGGGACGGGCCUCCAUGCAUCGUGGAGACACCACUCCCUGACACCAAAAAAGAAAUGGAAGGCUUGCAGGAGGACGGAAGAGGAGGAGAACAAACGGGUCUUAGUGUCCAGGGCCAAGGUGACACCUCAUUGUUUGUACACUAGCGAUUUAAAGGAUGAUUCCAACUUGUGUCUUAUUUUUGACCCCUGCUCCCAUCCAUAUUGCAUUCCUCAAAUGAGUCCGCCAGAAUGCUCCUCAUGUUGCUGCAGCACCUGCAAAGUCACGAACAUUAAUAUAACAUUAACAAAUCCUCACUGAAUAAUAGCUUUUCACCUUUUACUUCACUGCAUUGUCUGUUAAGCUUUUAAGAGCUCGAGGCUCUGCAAAGCUCUGACGCAAACAUGGAUUGAUUUUGCUCACUACUGUCGAGCUCCAGCAAAGUCAAUAAACGUCCACCUUCAUUAAAUUAUGUCCCGUUGUGCAUCUGAUGCCUUACAGUGUUUACAUUUUUAGUCAGAGAUGCAUUGUUAUUUUUUUUAGAAAUGAAUAAUUCAAAGAGCUUAAAAGAAUAGAAGGAAAGAAUGGCUGGAACAAAGAGGGAAAGUAAAGAACAACUUGAGCUUUCUCUCAGGACUAAAUAUUCAUGUGGCAACCUGAGUAAGAGGUGCUAUUAUUAGCAGCAGUUCCCUAGCAGGACUGAAUGUGAAUUUUCCCCGUGAUAAUGAUCAUGCAGGCGCAUCUGCAAUGUCCUCCGAAGCUUGUAAUCCACUCAUUUAUAGAUUUGGAAAUAUUGUCAGUGCAAUUAUGGAAAUUGCAGCUGAGUCAUUCUAAGAGCCUGUAGAAACAAAUACGCUGACACAGCACACACAAACACCCAACUGUGUGCUAACUUUGCUUCGAAUGUGAGAGUCCUGACUGAUUUUCUUCUCAUUCGACAGUGUCACUGCUGCCUACUGUACAUGUACAUUGGAUCCUCUGCUGGUGUCCCUCACAGCUCAGCUUUACCUCCUGCUUGGCCCUCUACACUUUGCCACCUGUUCCUUUCCCCUAAACACGCUCAAUGGACAAUGUCGAGGAUUGCAGCAAUUUUUUUUGCGAAUGUCUGUGUCAAACAGUGUCUAAUUGUAAAACCAGAAGAAUGUACUCGAGAUGGGGAAACACACACACAUAUUUAUGCGCACUCACAUGCUCCAGACGAUGAAAAAUGCCACGAUGAUGGCUGCAUUAGAGCUUCUGAGACCUUCCCCCGGCCUUAGCAGCAGUUUACCAGAUGCUGCACUGCACUUUGGUGCCGUUCACGCUGCUGCGCUGACAGGUGGUCAUGUUGAAGGACUCCUGCACUGACUCUCCAACCAAUGUAAAUAUUCACCACACAUCACGCCUGUGUGGCCCCUCUGGACACAGAAGCACUGUGACAUUUAGGUUUGGAGCUGUGCCGUCUGGAGCCCAGCUAACCUUGCCAAACGCCUGCCUCUGCCUAUACACCCCUUCCACCGUUGGAUGUUUCCUGGUUGGCUUACCACACACACACCCCUUCUCCCUUCAACCAGUCAGGCAGAACAUGCCUUUCGACAGCCACCUCAGACCCUCCGCUCUGCAGCCGCUGAAGUGCUGCGGUGUGCACAGCUCAGCCCCCGAGGUCGCAUUUGCACUACACCGCAGCGGAUUUAGCUCCAGAAGCAAAGACUUGCAUUUUAAUCGUAUUUGUAGUUUUUGUUUCUCCUCGCCCGUUUGUGCACUGUCGCUGCUGCUUGCUGGUUCCUGUAACUGCUGAAGGAUUCGA